UACAGUAUUACCAGUUUACGUCUUUCGUAUAUUUUUCCAAGAUACCAACCACCAACAGUCAUGCCUAAGUACAGCGACAUCGUCGAGGAGCUCCGCGACCAGCUGCUCUGGGAAGUAGAUGAUCUCGACCAGGCCGUCCGAAACGCUCGUCAAUGGGAUAUUCCCGAGCUGGACAAGUAUGGCAUCAUCUCAGCCAAAGGUUUUCUUGACUUUGCCGACUGGCUAGUCCGAGGCUGGGUACCUACUGAGUCAACCCAAGGCCGGGACAUCUACUAUAUCCUUUGUGUCUUCUACUUCGUUCUUUCCCAGAAGCCAUUGGGCUCUCGUCAGACAAAGAUUCACCCGCUCAGCCUCACGGAGCCACCUAAACCUCUCUCAGAAUGGAUAGUCAGUUUUGCCAAGGCAGUCGGGAGCCAUAUGGACGAACCUUCGUCGAUCAAUCAAGCCUCCAUUACAACUUUUCGAAACUCUCCGCUCUUCCGUGUCUACGAGUCGGAAGAGGACUCCAAAAACUGGACUACCUUUAAUCAGUUCUUUCAUCGAAAACUUAAUCAGCCACGUGAAAUUACAGAACCCACCAAUGACCGUAUCGUAACCUUUCCUGCUGAUUCUACUUUUGCAGGGGCAUACGCUAUAAGUAACCAAUCAGAGGUAGUUCUUGAAAAAGAAGAAUACAGAAUAGUGAGAGAUGAGGUGGUUCUGAAGCAUCUUCCAUGGAAAGUACAAGAUCUUCUCGGUGAUUAUGGCACGAAACCAGUUCCUGGAAACGAAAAAACAACCUAUGGAGAGCUCUUUAAGAACGGAAUUUGGACCCAUGUUUUCUUGAAUUCGUUCGACUAUCAUCGUCAGCACGCACCAGUUUCAGGAACUGUGGAAGUCAUUGAUGUUAUUGAAGGUGCGGCCUAUCUCGAGGUACAGGUCAAGACAGAUAAGCAAGUCGGCCAUAACUAUCUAGAGCUCUCCCGUCAGAUCGGCACAAAGGAGAGAAAUCCCGCUGAUAUCCAGACCCUGGAUGCGCCAGAUACUCCGGGCUAUCAGUUUCUUCAGACUCGAGGGAUAGUGAUUAUAAACAAUGAGAAGCUAGGCAGAGUUGUUGUUUUACCUAUUGGCAUGGCCAUGGUCUCUUCUGUUCAAAUUAGAGACAACCUAAAGGGUAAAACUAUUAAAAAGGGUGAUGAAAUUUCGAACUUCGCAUUCGGCGGCUCAGACUGCAUCAUUAUGUUUGAACAGAGGGCAAGGGUUACAAGUUUCCCUGACUCUAAUCCGGCUUCUCGCGAGCAUUUCUUCUAUGGUGAAAAGUUAUGCACAGCCCACUACCGAGAACUGAAAAAAGUCGAGGGUUUUGGGACCCGGUUUGGCUUGACUUCCAGAUGAAUCUAGUGGAGAUGAAGAACUUAAGAGGGGAUGCCGUGAUAAUGUUAAGGCUGAAGUGUUUGUUGUGUCAGUUUUGCUUAUAUAUGUUAGUUCUCGGUGUGGAGACCUAAUUAAAAGCCUUGCUCCAACACGCCCGCCUGCAUCGGGGUAGGCUUCUGACUUCACGCAGUCGUAGUAUGUUCAAAAAGAAAACAGCUAUCUUUCAAGAUUGUUUAUGAAAU